ACUGGAAAUGUAGACAAGAAUAAGCUGUUAGUAUCCUGAUGGCUUUUAGUAUACGCUGACACAUUGUUUGUGAUGGCAUCCGAGACUGAGAUGACCCACGCUUUACUCCAGUCUUGUAGUCCUGAAUCUCUUAUUUCUAGCCUUGGUCUGGGGAUAUUUUCCCUAGUAGCUGACAGACUUCUUCAGUUUUCCAUAAUUCAGCAAAAUGACUGGCUGCGUGCCCUGUCAGAUAACGCAGUACAUUGUGUGAUUGGCAUGUGGUCGUGGGCAAUAGUCAUUGGAGUCAAGAAGAAGACUGACUUUGGGGAAGUCAUUUUAGCUGGAUUUUUAGCCUCUGUUAUUGAUGUCGACCACUUUCUUCUAGCUGGAUCCCUAUCUUUAAAGGCUGCUUUGACUCUUCCACGGAGACCGUUCCUUCACUGUUCUACUGUGAUACCCGUUGUGGCUCUGACCCUGAAGUUUACUGUGCACUUUUUCAAGCUCAGAGACUCGUGGUGCUCUCUUCCCUGGAUGUUAUUUAUAUCCUGGAGCUCACACCAUGUCCGAGAUGGAAUUCGUCACGGCUUGUGGAUAUGCCCAUUUGGAAAAACUUCUCCUCUGCCAUUCUGGCUUUAUGUGAUAAUCACAUCAUCUUUACCUCACAUCUGUUCGUUCGUUAUGUAUUUAACAGGGACCAGACGAAUGAUGUCUUCAAAACAUGGAAUUCUUAUUGAUGUCUGAGGUAACCAUAUGGCAAUCUCAGAGAAGCAAAUGAUUCAGACAAUGAUAACUAAGGGUAGCUGACAUCAAAGUGGAUUUUUAAAAACAUAUUAGGUACUUAUAUUAAUUAUUAUAAUUCCUGAGUCCUCUUGUCAGGAGGCAUGUACAAUUUUUUAAAAAUUUAUAUACUUG